ACAAAAUCAACUAAAAAACUUUGGGAUGAAUUUGCUGAAUUAUAUAAUGAUUUACAUCAUAAUGAAAUAAGUGGCAAUAGUUUUAAAAAAAAGGCAUUUAAAUGGUUUGAAUAUUUUUUAACUCCAUCUCAAGGACACCCAAAUAGAAACUUUGUACAGGGAUUAUAUCGAGCAACAGAUUGUACACCCUAUAUACACUUUUUAGUUUAUCAUAUUCCUGAGUUUAUAGAUAUUCAUAAAGAUUUAGGAUUAAUGGCUUUUUCAUGUUCAGCUUUAGAAAAAAAAACCAUAUUCAA